AUGACUGUCACACGCUCCCAAACAGGGAAAACCCCUAAGAAAUUGGAGCGCCCUGGUUACGUCGAGACCCCUGGCCGACGAGUCACUCGCAGCAGCGUCGCUCUAGCAUCAGAGACCAGUGCGGACGACGUGUCCGAUUCAGCGACCGAAAUCCGCGGGAGAUCCAAGUCUACUACCCGGAGACGUCAGAUAAAGACCGAGGAUGCGCCUGAAGGGGAAGAGAACGGACGUGCCAAUGGACACACCAAUGGACACACCAGUGGACGCGCCAAUGGUUCGACGAAGAAGCCACGAGUCAUUGACGGUUGGGUUGAGGGCAGGGAUCCUAAGAUUGACUACAGUGGAGAGUUCGAGUUUGGAGGGUCCUGGGGAGUGCUGUCCAUGAUGAUCGGGUUCCCUCUGCUGAUGUACUACAUGUGGAUUGGUGCCGUCUAUUAUGAUGGCAAAUUUCCCCGUCCUUCGGAAGGCCAGAGCAUGUCGGAAUUUUUCGCACAUAUGGGCCAUCUGGUCUAUGAAGGCGCUUACCCUUCGCUCAGAGCUUGGAUCAUUUACUGGGUAUUCUUCGUCUUCGAAGGUCUAUGCUACGUCCUUCUCCCUGGGGUGACUGUCAUGGGCCGAGCUCUGCCGCAUCUCGGGGGAAAGCAGCUCCCCUACUACUGUUCCGGCGUCUGGUCUUUCUAUACCAGCAUUGCCCUUGCUGGUGUCCUUCAUUUUACUGGGAUUUUCAAGUUGUACACUGUCAUCGAUGAGUUUGGGCCUCUUCUGAGUGUCGCCAUCAUCUCCGGCUUCCUGGUGUCCUUCGUCGCAUACUUCUCCGCGUUGGCUCGUGGCGCGCAGCAUCGCAUGACCGGGUAUCAUAUCUAUGAUUUCUUCAUGGGCGCGGAGCUCAAUCCUAGAAUGUUCGGUAUUCUUGAUUUUAAGAUGUUCUUCGAGGUUCGCCUUCCUUGGUUUAUCCUCUUCUUCAUCUCUCUCGGUGCUGCAGCUCGGCAGUACGAGGUCUAUGGCUACGUUUCUGGGGAAGUUGGGUUCCUCCUCAUGGCGCACUUCUUGUACGCCAAUGCUUGCUGCAAAGGUGAAGAGUGUAUCGUGUCGACCUGGGACAUGUAUUACGAAAAGUGGGGUUUCAUGCUCAUCUUCUGGAACUUGGCCGGUGUGCCCUUGAGUUACUGCCACUGCACGAUCUACCUUGCCAACCACGACCCCGCUACUUACCGUUGGAACCGUGUCUUCCUGGUGUUCCUGUAUGCAGCAUAUCUGUUUGUUUACUGGGUUUGGGAUACAACCAACAGCCAGAAGAAUCGUUUCCGUCAGCAAGAGCGUGGUACAAUGGUCUCUCGGAAGACUUUCCCUCAGCUCCCUUGGCAGACUCUCAAGAACCCCAAGACAAUCACUGCCGCCGAUGGUUCCAAGAUCCUCGUUGAUGGAUGGUAUGGCAAGGCUCGUAAGAUCCACUACACAUGCGAUCUUUAUUUUGCCUUGAACUGGGGCUUGAUUACCGGCUUCAGCAGCCCAUUCCCCUGGUUCUACCCCAUCUUCUUCGCGUGCAUGAUCACCCACCGUGCGCUGCGUGACAUCCAGCGCUGCCGGAAUAAGUACGGCGAAGCCUGGGUGGAGUACGAACGACAGGUCCCGUAUCUGUUCAUCCCCUAUGUAUUCUAA